AAUGUCAUAAUUAAAUUAUUAUGCAUUAAAAAAACGUACUUUUAAAUUGCUCAAAAUCAACCAUUAAAAUUAGCGGGUAAUUUCAGUAACAGUUGCCACGUGGCAGUAAUCGAACUGCCCGCUGCCCCAUUAACCUCUCUUUCUAACUCUAAACCGAAAAAACACCACCUGCCCUAACUGCCCGUUACCUCACACUAUAAAUACCGAAAUUCAAUUCAUUUUCCUUCUACAAUUUUCACUUUUCACCAUGACUAAACUCUCCGUUACUGUCCUUUUCCUCCUUUUUACCCUCUCAGUUGCUCGUACACCGGGAAAUGACGUCACUCACCUUAAACUCCCACCGGGAAAUGACGUCAUCCUCCCUCAACUCCCUAAAUCUCUACCGCAAGAUGACGUCAUGCAGCUAAAAAAUGACAUCAUCAUCCCUGAACUUCCCAAAAUUCUACCGGAAUCUGAAGAAAAUGAUGUCAUCCUCCCUGAACUCUUCAAGACUCUGCCAGAAUUCGAAGAUUCUACGCCUAGCGUUCAUUCGGUGCCGGUUAAUUUAGUCAGAUUCCGGCCGAUCAACCGUCGAUUUCGGCUCCGAUCGAAGCUACCGUUCCGCUUAUGUAACCACAUGAAGGCAGAAUCACGGCGUCAGAUUCCUUUCGGUAAUGAUAUGAUACUAUCUUCGAAGAGAAACAUUGAUUUUGAUAAAUUUGUGUAUCGUAUCGGCUUCGGCGUUAGUCAAAUUCCGUCGGAUCGGUUCAAUUUGCGUCCCCGCAUGUUUAAUGAUAUGAAGAUCUGGAAGUUUCUAGAUGAUCGCGAGAAGUUUGUGGAAAUGAAAUUGAAGCAUCACCAUGACCAGGACAAUGAUCAUCAACAGAUGAAGAUCUCGAAGUUUCUAGAAGAUCGCGAGAAGUUUGGAGAAAUGAAAUUGAAGCAUCACCAUCACCAUCACCAUGACCACGACAACGAAGACAAUGAUCAUGAACAGUGGAAGAUGUGGAAGUUUCUAGAUGAUCGCGAGAAGUUUGGGGAAAUGAAAUUGAAGCACCACCAUCACCAUGACGAUGACGAGGACGACGAAGACAAUGAUCAUGAACAGAAGAAGAUCUCGAAGUUUCAAUUGGCGCGUGAAAAUGGAGGUAAUUUUGGUGAAAUGAAAUCGAAAAGUGAUGAUGAUGAGGCUGAGAAAAGAUCAAAGCUUUAUGGAAAGCACUAUGAGAUGACAUUGAGGAAGCGUUUUGGUUAUAAUGCUGGUGAAGAAGAAGAUGAGAAAGCUAAGGAAGAGACGAAAUGGCAUAAGAAGGAGAAGAAGAAAGGUGGAUUCAUGAGCGGUAUUCGUAAGUUCUUGCAUCACUACUUUGAUUGAAGGAUGUUUGCUAUGAUAUAUGUAUCGUAUUUGCUUGCUUUUGUGGUGUUGUGUAAAAGAACUAUAAAAGUAUUUAUUCGUGUUUGUCUUGAUGUUGGUGUAAAUAAUUUGCAUCCAUGUGAGAUGUAAUAGAAAAUAUAUACUAGUAGUAAGUUAUUACUCUAUACUAUUA